AUGUCGUCGUGUUGGGCUUCGGCCAGAGCCGCUGUGUCCAGAUACAGUUACCGCUGCCGAUCUCGACCGGUUGACCUCGGCACCUCGCCACCAAGGCGAUCUCCAAGCUGCCCGGCGUCAAUUUCCAGUCCGCCGAUCCCUUCGGCGCCUAUGAAUGGUCGACCGCAUCAGCCUGCGCGGGUUCAGCCAGAACCAGCUCGGUUUUUGCGCCUGACGGCGCGUGCCGCUCGAAUAUCGCCUGACCAGCGUGGCGCAGGGUGCCGGCGCGCUGGGCACCGCCCGACCAGCAAUCUGGGCGGUACCAUCCAGUUCACCAGCCGCGCGCGCCGUCCGACACCGCGGGCAUCGCCGCCGGGCAAUUUGGCAGCAACGAUACCGUCCGCGCCUUCGUCCGCGUUGACAGCGGUGAUCUGGGCGGGGUUGAAGGGGCUAUCUGAGCUGGCGGCUAUCUCACCACCGACAAGUGGAAGGGCUUCGCCUGCAGCGCCAGCAUCAGGCCAAUGCCAAGAUCGUCAAGGAUUUCGGCGAUCGCGGUUCGAUCACCGGUUUCUUCAACUUCUCCGACCGGCGAGAACGACUAUCAGACCUGAGCCUCGAUAUCAUCAAGCGGCGCGGCUAUUAUAA